UUGUUUCUUGGUCGUUUGCAUGUCCUUACCACAAGCCUGUCGUAAGACACGUCUUUACUCAGGAUCCAAACAUCUCUGGUUGUGGUGACCACGUUGUGUUGGUCCAUGCCGUCAUUGUCCUUAAUCAAGACACACAAAAACAUCACUUCAUGCACAGCAGUUAAAAUUAAUUUGUUGUCAUGCAAUAAUCUUCACUCAUAUUCACCUGCUCUCUGGGUGGAAAGCUGUAGGGUGUAUUAAAAUACACACGGUCGGUGUCCUGUGGAUUCAGAGGAACGCAAAUGAUUGUAUCAGUUUGUUUUACUGUUAUCCAAAGAGGACUGACAUUUGCACUUAUUAUACCACCAGCAUUGAAAGUUGACAACAUAUCAAACUUUCUGCUUUUUAAAAUCAACAAAUCAACCAAAACACAUUGGAAAAGCUAAAUACAACAACUGAUAAUUGUGGGACUGCUGCCGUCUCACAAUCAUUCCAUCCCUGAAAGUGGUGACCUAUUUUCAAACAGGCAGGAGUAAGGUCUUCACUGACCUUGGUGCUGCUUUCAUGUUUUCUUUUUCUUUUUAUCCUGAAUACGAAACGUUACCGGUGUCAGACUAAUAUUUACUGGAUACUAUACACGCAACUACUUGUCAAAAUAACUAUAAUACAUGUAAAUGUUGACAUGUAAAAAUAUAUCUGAAUGGAUUUUAAGGGAAUUUUCUGUUACAUGUUUUACCAAAUUUUACACGUCUGAGCGCGACAAUUUUUGGCCUACCACAUUGCCGUCGUGAGUUUGCUGCUUGUUAGAUGAGGAGUCAUAAACGGUCAAAUAAAUAGCCUAUUGUUACGUUUAUUCUGGCCAAAAGGCUUGCAUGUAGCCCAUUAAAAAUUAUAUAAAAAAUAUUUUGCGUCCAUGACGUCUUCCCCCACUGCCAAUAAUGCUUAAUUUUAUAUAAAAGUGUUUCAGAAAAAAAUCACUAAUGCGCUAAUUAUCAAACUAAGUCUUAAACGUUCAAAUUUAAAGUAAAAAAUCUUUGCAAGUUGUAAAAAUAUAAACCUGUCUUUACCUGAACCGUCAUUUCCAUCUGGUGUUGCAACACGCAUGCGAGUUCUCUUGUCUUCGAACAUGCAGGCGUCUUUUGUAGGGGCCAUAGGGGCGUGUUUUGUCAGGGGCGUGGUUUGCCGGGGGCGUGGUUUGUCUGGGAUGCGUCUGCAGCUAGGUAUUAUUGAGUCCUCCAGAAAAACUCCUGCCUGCUUCCGUCUUUUUCACCUCACAAGUAACUUUUUAACUAGCAGAUCAAAUUGAUCUAUUGACUGCAAAAAAGCGGAGUGUGCGCCGUGCCGCGCCGCGCGACUGAGCCAGUGACGAGUGCUGCAGCGCGAGCGCGUCCACACGUCAUGCUCAAAUACAGACAAAACUUACCAGAGAGAAAAUGAACGGACACGAACGACUGUGUGUUAGUUAUAUAUUUUUUGGUGACGCCACUUAGAAACUUAGAAAUUGUUACUGUGGCCGUGUGCAGAACGCAGCUGGAGUUCAUGAAUAAUCAGCGGUCUGCCUGCCGCUCUGCUCUAAAGAAUCCCCGCUACGCUGAGUCCAUAUAAAUAAUAUAAUAUAGGUAGAAACUGGAUCUCUUUGUGCUCCUUCUGGGUGUGUAAGUUAAGGGCAUCAGGGGAGCCUGACAACCUUUAAGGAGAACCAAGGUGCUCUCCUGUAAUUUGAAACCAGUAUCCAACUCCGAAUCGGGGCUUGGAUCGGGAAGUAAAGCCCGAGUCCCGAUCAGUCUGAAACCACGGGAUCGGGGCCGAUUUCCGAUCAUGUGAUUGGAUCGGGAACUCCCUAUCAUCCACAUAAAGCUGAGAUGAGGUUCUCCUGCCACCAAACUCUUUUAUUUUGAAGGUGCCGCUAACAGGAUGUGAUGUGUGGAGUAGGGUGACCAGGUGUCCCAGUUUACCCAGGACAGUCCCGAUUUUGAGCCAUUUGUCCUGUGUCCCCAAAGAUUUUUACAAACCAAUUAUGUUGUCCCGAUUUCACCCAGCCUUGGUCCCAAGUGUCCCGAUUUUGAACUAAUUGCUCAUAGUUCACAGAACUAAUUGUCACUGGGUUGUUUGUAUGUCAAUCAGAAAGUUGUCAUAGUGACAUUAGCUCAACUUUAUGUCACAUGUCUGUGUAACCUAAUGCUCAUUGGUUGAUGCCAACGCCGUUGACGCGAGACGGCUCCUAAGUCCUGCGUAAAGACGAGUCACCAAGUCACUCGUUGUUCAGCAUGCCUAAAAGAUGGUCAAGACUAACAAAAGAGCUACUGGAACGACACAGCUUUCUCAGGAAGGUGCCAGGUGCAGCCUGCUGCAGACUGAACUGCAUUGUGCUCUAUGUGCGCUGCACAUCCUACACCAACCAGACUGCUGGGAGUGGCCUGAUCAAGUUUAUGAAAAACAUUGUUUUGUCCUCGUCUUGCUUUUCCUCCAAAGUUUGUAUUGGUGUUGUCCGCACAAAAGCCGACCACUUUAUCCACCAAAGCGAAUGCAGACGGGCACCUGUAAACCUCAUCCCACAGCAGGGUUGAGGUCUCACCUGGUGGUGAUGUAAAGUCGAGCAUCUUCACUCUGACCCCCUCGGUUAUUUUGAAGUAUCCAUCAAAAAGACGGAGAAAGAGAAGAGCACAGCUGUCCACGCUGCACAGCACCUGUGUGAUCUGCAGGAGAAACUUUUGGAGAGGAAGGCCGCCCUCUUCAUGGGAUUAAAGGUGAAGAGCAUUCUGGCUACCCAAGAGCGCCCUCAAGUGGAGGUGUUUAAGCAAAGCGUCCACACCUUCUAUGAAGGUUGCAUCUCAUAUCUGCAGGAGUGGAGCUCCUCAUUUACUGACAUGAAGUGCUUCUCUUGGACCCUGCUUGAAGAUCCACCAGGUUGGGAUGAGGUUGGGAGCUCCCUGAGGUGUGUCUCCUCAAAGCUGCCAAACGUUCACAUCAUUGAAACGGAGCUCUUUGACGAAGUUACUUCUGUCAAAACUUACACAUCUGACAAGAUUGGACAGUGGGACCGAGACAUUAAACCAGCAGAUGAGCGCUGGGCUGAAAUCUUUACACAUUUUAAGCAUCAGAAUGUCCCAUUUAAAAACGUAGCCGUCAUCUGCCAGUGUGCCAUGUGCCUACCUGGCACGAACGCCUCUGUGGAACGCAUUUUUUCUCUCAUGAACAACACCUGGACCAGUGAGAGAAAUCGUUUGGGACUGGACACUCUGAAGGCACUGCUCAUUACUCGGGUGAGCUUUGAUGACAGCUGCUCUGAGUUUCAUGCCAGACUUGUUGACAACCACAGUCUGCUUAAAAACAUUCACUCAGACAUGAAAUACUCUUAAAGAGUUACUGAUACAUUAAAGGGAACAGUAGGGCUGUUCAUUUCGUGCAAUAUUUUUGUUUCUAAACAACUUGAAGUCAGUGAAAUACUUUUUUUGUUCACAAAAGGGCUACAUUUAAUAUUGCCCAGUGUGUUUCACAAAUACAGUAUUAUUUUGAAAAAGAAAAUAACAAAACAUUGCACUAAAAAAAGAAUGUCCUUAUUUUUAAUAGGAUGUUCAAAUGUUGUUCCAUUUUGUACAAUAAAAAGCAGUUAAGUCACCAGCAAGGAUUUGUCAGUCUUUAAUUUUGUGUAAAACUUUGGUGUCCCAGUUUUCAGUUUUUUGAAUCUGGUCACCCUAGUGUGGAGUGUUAAGAGGGAAGAG